GUCUUUCAACUUCAACAUUAUAAAAAGAGGAGCACGCCAUUGUUUACAGUAUUUCGUGAAGGAGAAGAAAUAUUAGAGACUAGAGAUGAGAAGAGAGUGCCAUCCUUUGUUGAGGGGAGGGAGAAAUAGAGAGAGCAAAUACAACCAUGGGCUCUCUUCAGCUGAGAUGGAAGCGCUUUCUAGCCUAUGCGAGACUAUAUUUCCUUCUCUGUCACCGAUUCCAAAGUUUGACGGGAAGCAAAACCAACCUACCAAGGCCAUGCAGGCCUUCUACAGAGCCUCUGCCUCUCAAACGCCAAUGCCUGAUGAGAUGGCAGAGCUUUUAACGAAGAGGGGGUUGCUAGAGGCUGUGUUCCUGGUAAGAUUGGUUCUAUGGCUUCUAUCUACUAGGCUGGGUACAUUUUUGCUUUGUGGGUCUCUUUGUUUUGAGGAGAAAUGGCCAUACUUUAAGAAUUUUUCAAGCAUCCCUUUGGACAAGAGGGAGAGGGUUUUGCAGAAGUGGUUCAAACAUAGGUUUUUUACGCCAAUCAGAGCUGCCUUCGUAUAUGUCAAGAUCUUGAUCCUCUACGUCUUCUUCUCUAGGGUUGAUGAAAAAGGUGACAACCCAGCAUGGGAAGCCAUUGAAUAUAAUGUAGGCGCUGAUGAAAGUCCAGAUCAGGUUCCUAAAGAGAGGCCCCUUCAAAAGGGAUUGAUAGAUACUAAUCAAGAAACUGCCUCCACCCUUCUACACUCUCUUAAAGAGAAAGGACUAAGAGUUACUCAAGAUCCUCGAAAGAACGUUUAUAAAAUCAAAUGUGAUGUUGUCAUUGUUGGCUCCGGUUGUGGUGGUGGAGUUGCAGCAGCUGUUCUUGCAGCUUCUGGGCAGAAGGUGUUUGUUCUUGAGAAAGGAAACUACUUUACUGCUUCCGAUUAUUCUGGUUUGGAAGGCCCUUCCAUGGACCAACUAUAUGAAUCAGGUGGAAAACUUGCGACUACUGAUGCAGAGAUGCUGAUCAUGGCAGGAUCAGCAGUUGGAGGAGGUUCUGCUGUUAACUGGUCAGCAUCCAUCAAAACACCAAAUUCUGUGCUUCAGGAAUGGACUAGGAACCAGAAAAUCCCACUUUUCGGAAGUUCUGAAUAUUUUUCUGCCAUGGAUGCUGUUUGUACUAGAAUAGGAGUCACAGAGAGCUGCGGAGAGGAAGGAUUUCAAAAUCAAGUACUUCGGAAAGGGUGCGAGUCCCUUGGUAUUCCUGUCAAAACCGUCCCACGAAAUUCCUCAGAGAGGCAUUAUUGUGGCUCUUGCGGUUAUGGUUGUCGAAAAGGAGAGAAGAAAGGGACUGAUCGUACGUGGCUGGUCGAUGCUGUUGAUCAUGGGGCAGUGAUCAUAACAGGAUGCAAAGCAGAGAGAUUCAUGUUGGAAAAUAACGAGGGUGGAAGUAAGAGAAAAAAGAAAUGCGUGGGAGUGACCGCAAAAAUUGUAAACAACAAUAUCAGAACGAGAUUGCAAAUUGAGGCCAAGGUAACAAUCUCAGCAUGCGGAGCUCUUUUGACACCCCCUUUAAUGAUCUCCAGUGGAUUGAAGAAUCAGAAUAUAGGCCGGAACCUUCAUCUACACCCUGUACUAAUGGCUUGGGGAUACUUUCCAGAGUCAAAUUCAGAGUUCAAGGGGAAAGUAUACGAGGGUGGAAUAAUCACAGCAGUUCAUGAAGUGUUAACAGGAGACUCCAACGCGAGGGCAAUUAUAGAAACUCCUGCAUUAGGGCCUUCGUCAUUUGCUGCGUUAUAUCCCUGGGUGUCGGGACAUGACAUGAAGGACAGAAUGGCGAAGUAUGCAAGAACUGCUCACCUCAUAGCAAUAAUAAGAGACAGCGGGUCUGGAAAAGUGACGACAGAGGGAAGGAUAUCCUAUAAUUUAGAUGCAAUGGACAAAGAGAAUCUCAAGGCAGGGCUGCGGCAGGCAUUGAGGAUUUUAGUUGCAGCAGGAGCUGUCGAAGUGGGUACACAUCGAAGUGAUGGGCAGAGGAUCAAAUGCAGAGGGAUCAAAAAAGAGGAUCUGGAGGAAUUUUUGGACACAGUUUAUGCAACUGCAGGGCCACUGUCACUGGCAGAGGACUGGAUGCUGUACACCUCAGCCCAUCAAAUGGGGAGCUGCAGGAUGGGGAUUAAUAAAAAAGAAGGCGCUGUUGACGAGAACGGAGAGAGUUGGGAAGCAGAGGGCCUAUUUAUUUGCGAUGCUAGUGUUUUGCCAAGUGCUGUUGGUGUUAAUCCUAUGAUCACAAUCCAGUCCACUGCUUACUGUCUGUCCAAGAAAAUUGCAGAGUCAUUACGCAGAGAUUCAAAGUGAAGGAAGAAACAGAAGAAAUUAAAAGACUGCAAGGAUAAGAAUACUAAGAUGCUGCAGACAAGGGAUAAUUGAUUACUAUGAUUUGAUAAACAUCCUUACAAU